AUGGUUGGAACAGUAUUACGCGUAUAUACACACCGCACUCGGUGCAUCGGGGAACUGUGCAGUGUCGCACCAUUGUGCGUUAUUUUGGAACAGAGAAGACCGGGCCCUUCCUUCGGUAUUAGGAGCCAAAGUAGAGAAGACAAUAGUGUACAUUUUCUACCUUGCGAAGGGGCAGUGGACCUAUCGUUGCGGGCGCUCUCUACGAUUGAAGGUCUGCGAAAUUAUCGUGAGCAUCGCCUUCGCCCACAGCUGCUGGUGAAGAGGGCUGAGCUGCGUCAAGCAGAUGACGUUAAGACACGGUGCGACGCCUUGGGAUUGCGUUAUGCCGAUCGCUGCAUUGCCAUAGCUGUCGCUCUAAUAUUAAUUCGUAAUGUUGUUCUCUUCUACUGGGUCUACUUUCUAUUUGACUGGAACCUCGUGGAGCCCAUCACAUACCUGUUAGAGCGUGGUGCAGUGUGUCUGGGUUUCUUAUGGUACGGUGCAACGAGCAGCGAUGCUCGUUUUGAAUCUUUCCGACAAUUCCUCGUGUCCCGUCGGACGCAACGGCUUUAUGCGCAGCACAACUUUAACGCUGGACACUGGAAGGAGUUGGUGGUGGAGGUGGAGGGGCUUGAAGAGCAGCUGCGCGGGCUGGAGACUGUUUGA